CGCGUCGGAGUUCCGCGGGAUCGCUUUGUCUGUGAGGAUAUUUGCUUGUUGGGGGGUCGUGGCCAAUAUCCGAGUGGGUUUGUAGAUCAUAAUGCCUUGGAAAUUUCCAUGGUCAGAUAGCAUCAAGAAAAGAGCCUGCAGGUAUCUACUGCAGCGAUAUCUAGGUCAAUUUUUAAAGGAGAAGCUGACUUUGGAGCAACUCAGUGUCGACAUCUACGAGGGCACUGGAGAAAUCAAGGACAUUCUUUUGGAUUUUGAUGCGCUUAACGAUGUGGGCGCGGCCAACAAUCUGCCCGUGGAGUUCGUGGACGGCUACAUCCGCCGUGUGCGCGUCACCAUCCCCUGGUCGUCGCUGCUCACGGCCAGCAGCUAUGUGGAGAUCAGCGGCCUCAUGCUCACUGUGCAGGCCAAGCAGAUGCUCGACGACGCGGCCAUGUUCGACUCCAUGCUGGACAGCAUGUCGACCAGCACGAUGGACAUGGCCAAGGAGUGUCUGGGCCAGGUGGCCGACCAGCGCGUCGAGGCCGACACGCAGACGCUGGAGGGCAUCGAGGCGCUGGCCGGCGCCAUCGACUCAGUGCUGAUGCGGAUCAAGGUGCGGUUCCUGGACACGGUGGUGCGGCUGGAGCACGUGGGCCAGGAGAUGGGACGCGGAGUCGGCGUCGAGAUCAAAAUAGCCCGCAUGGACUACAUGGACGAGGCGGGCCGGGAGCUGGAUGGCGGUGGCGGCGGCGGCGGCCCGCUGCAGCCGGCGGCGCUGUCCGUCAAGCGGCUCUCGCUCGACCGCGUCACGCUGCACUGCGCCGAGUUCCCGGCCGCCUGCAGGGCGGCGCCCGGCUGCAUGGCCGCCUCCUUCUCCGAGGACCGGUUCAACGGCCGCACAGAGCUGCGCUGUGAGGUCAAGGUGCACGACACGGCCCCCGGGCCAAAGCUGAAUGUGCAGAUAACGUCGGGCUCGUUCUGCACGCUGCUGGGGCCGCGCCAGCUGCACGACCUGAUGGAGCUCAUGAGCGGCAUCAUCGACCCCAAACGGGUGGAGAAGAGCGCGCCGCGCCCGUGCGGCGCCGGCCGACACGCCGAGAAGCCCAUGACGCCCUCCGACUACCAGGUGAUCGAGGAGCAACUGGCGCUGAGGGCGCAGGGCUGGUCCUCGCACGCACACGACGAGGACGAGGAGGAGUUCCUGCCGCUGCUGCGGCCAGACGCGGCGCUGACCUCCAGCGCCGUCUCGCUGGCCACGUCGGCCGACAUGGACGGCUCCAUGACCUCGUCUGUGACGGGCAGCGUCUACUCGGAGGCCACCUCGACCCACAGGUCUGAGAUGUCCUACACGAGACCGCGGCCCAGACGCCGGCGGGACCGAGGCAAGGAUGAGGAGCAGAGCGAGGACUCGAUCCGGCUGAGUCUGCAGCUCAGCACCGUCUGCGUGGUGCUGAUGCAUGAGGACGUACUGACGACGGCGCCGGACACGCAGCUGCUCACCCCUGCCAGCAUCAAACAGAUGCAGCGGCUGGCCGAGGCCGGGCUGGCCCGCCUCUCGUCCGUCUGCGUCGGCGGCGGCGGCGUACGUGGCACGCGCCCGGACCUGCUCGAGGCGUGCCCCUGCAGCCAUCUCAGCCUGGUAGCGGCGCCGCUGAAGUUUGAGUGCAGUGAGCGGCCGUCAGGUGGCAGCAAGAGCGUGUUCUCGAUGACGCUGACGUCGGGCAUGGCGGAGCUGCUUGAGUGUCUGGUCGAGCGGGACUCCGCCAGCGGGCCUGCCGCCACGUAUACAGAGCUGCUGACGUUCGAGACGGGCGAGCCGCCGCCGGGCCGGCCGGACGCCACGUCGGAGGGCGCGCUGGCGCUGACCGUGCGCCACAGCCAGGCGCUGGUGAACCGGCACACUACCAGUCCGGCCGUCAGCGUCAGGCUACGGCUGGCGGCCUGCGCCUCCGAAGUGGACGUCUCUCUGGCCGACCGGCUCUCGGCCCUGCUCAGCCCCGCCGCCGGCCCCGUCCGCCGCGGCACGUCACCCACCGGUGGCGAACACGCCCACGUGUCGAAGCAACAGUGCUUCAACGACGCCAUGGACGACACGGCCGGCAGCGCCGAGGCCAAGGUGGACGUGCAAGUGACGGCGCCGGCGAUUGCCGUUAAGCUGAGGUUCCCCAUCCCGGACCUGCGGCCGCUCAGCGACAUGAAGCGGCCGCCCUGGUGGUGCCGCCACGUGCGGCCCGAUUGGCUGCUGCUGCGCAUGGCGCGCACCGUCAGCGUGGCCUACGCCGAGACGGACGCCGCGCCGCCGGUCGUGUUCCUCGGCACUGGUCUCACCAAUAUCGACGCGGCCGGCGCCGACCGCGAACCGAGCCCGUUCGGCCGCCGCCGCGUGGUGUACGAGACGGACGCGCACGCGCGCGGCCAGCCCGACCUCGCCUCUGAGGGUGAGGAGUUGGUCAUCCCAGCCGGUCGGGAAGAGGUGGAGAGGUUCAUCGACAGCACGGUCGCCAACUGCCAGAUGCUGCUGGAGCUCAGCCUGCCGUUGCUGGAGGCCAUCCUGCCCAGCAAGCGCUUCUACGAGCUCAUCUACAACAGACUGGCCACAGACCUGGCGCUCUGGGAGCCGGCGGCGCCCGGCAGCUGCGCCAGCCCGGAGGCGGCGCACCCGCCCGACCCGCUGGCGUUGCUCGCCGACCCGUUCCAGAUGUGCAAGUCCGGCACGCAGUACGACUCGGACUCCGACAGCGACGCCAGCGACACGCUGUACCAGUCUGUGUACGAGCAGCGGCAGCGGCAGCGGCGCCGGCAGCGUAACGAGGACGAGCUGGCGCGCAGCCGCCAGAGCCGCUGCUGCGUGCGGCUCCAGCUGGGUCAGGGCGUGGUCGCCCUGCAGACGCCCUGUGUGGCCGAGGAGGGCGCGCCGGUGCCCGACCACCACGGCGAAGUCCAGCUGGCAGUGGACUCUGGCUCUCUGUUCGUCGUCUCCGGCUACGGCGGCAUGUACGGCCACGGCUUCGUCUGCCUCUCCGCUCAUCGUGCCAGCCUGUACCACAAAGGGCAGAUGCCGACGCGGUCUACGCCGCUGCUGCCGAGCUUAGACGCCAUCCCGCCAUGCCUGGACCGGCUGGUGGGGCCGUACGAGGCCGAGCCGGCCGGACAGCCGAACGCCGACGACAUGCUCUCCGUCGCCGUCAAAUACCAGCUGGACGAGCUCAACAACAUCAAGACGUUCACGGUGGCGGUGGGCGUGGACGGCUGCGCGCUGAGGCCGCGCAUGCUGCCGUCGCUGGAGCGGUUCGUGACCCAGCUGCUGGACAUGUUCGACGUGGUGGACUUCCCGGUGGCGGGCUACGACAUGCCGGCCACCGUCACCCAGCUGCACCUGCUGGUCACCAGGUCGGCGCUCGACUAUAGGCCGCUCAAUCUGCCGUACCAGUACCUGGUGACUGUGGACAGCUUUAUCCUGUCGUCGCACCUGGCGGCGGCUACCAGCACCUCGGUGCUACGCUUCAUCCUGGAGGAAGCGGCGCUGCACGUGGCCGACCGAAGCGGCGCGCCGCUGGUGGGCGCGCGCGACUACGUGUGUGUGUUGGAGGCGGGUCUGCUGGAGCUGUCCAUCCGCACCAGUGUGGCGCCGGCCGCCGGCCAGCCGCACCUCGACUGGCGCGUCAGCAACAACACCAUCCACGUGCGCACGUGCGCUGACUCCCUGCGCGCUCUGGUGGAGCUGGUGACGUACCUGGCCGACCCGGCCGGCCUGGUCGACCUCAUGGAGGACGCCAUGCAGGAGGCCAGCCCGCCGAGGCCGGCUCCUGCACAGGUGAACCAGGGUCCAGUGGAGGUGUUCUUCUUCCCGAAUGAGCCACAUGUGGCGGCGCCCCCACCUCCUCCGCAGCUGGCCACGGAGGCUGUGCCGUCCAACACGGUGAUGGCGACCAUGGCCGAGGCGCUGGCCGACAUCGACGACGAGUUCGACGACGCCGACGAGGGCUUCUUCGUGCUCGACGACGACCCGGGUUCUGGCAUACGGUCGCGCUCCGGUGAGCCGCAGGUGCGCGUGCUCACAUCUGAGCCGAUCCGCGUGAUCGAUGACUUCCUGCCGGCGCCGGUGAGCCGGGCGGACGUGCUGCGGCCGCCGACGCACUUUCCGGUGCCGCGGCGGCGCUACACACUGCAGCAGAUGUCCGUGUUCUGGAGCCUGUACGGCGGCCACGACCUGGCCAGCAGCGGCGCGCCCCCCGCCGACGCGCAAGGCGGCGUGGUGUUCCAUCCUCACGUGGUGUACGCGCUUCGGCUCCAGCACGACACCUGCCGGCUGUUUCCCCGGCAGGUGCGGUUCGGCACGCUCGCUUCGCCCGAGGACGAGGCGCCAGCGCUGACCGCGGCGGCCGCCGCCCGGCGCCGAGGCGGCCCCGGCCGACACGCCGACACCAUGAUGCAGCUGCGGCUCAGCAAGGCGCGCUGUCAGCUGGAGGAGUACCCCGAGGACACGGAGGAGGCGCGCCGGCUCGUGCUGGUCGCCAACGACGUGGAGGUGCUGGACCGCAUCACCUCGUCCGACAUGAACAAGUUCCUGUACCAGUAUUCGUCCGAGAGCUGCCCGCGCCAGGCUCACUCCAACAUGGUGCUGCUGAAGGCCCUGUGCCGCCGGCCGGACCCGGCCGUGGCCACCGAGGAGUGCGACGUGCGCCUCUCGCUCUGUCCAAUCCGGCUCAACGUCGACCAGGACGCGCUGUUCUUCCUGCGCGACUUCUUCCGGGCCGUGGCCGGCGAGCCGGGCGGCAGCGGCCGGGCCGCCUCGCCCGACUCGGACGCGCCCGUGCUCUCCAUCACGCAGCAGGACGCGCCGCUCGGUCCCGGCGAGGACGAGCCGGACGAGGACGAGGACGAGGAGGCCGAGCCGGCGGCCGGCGCGGUGCGGCCGGCCGAGCAGCAUCCCAUCUUCUUCAGGACGUUCACGUUCUCGCCGGAGGUGCUGAUCCGCAUCGACUACCAGGGCAAGCGGGUGGACAUCGGCCAGUUUGGGCCGCUGAUCGGCCUGCUCAUCGGCCUGGGCCAGCUCAACUGCUCCGAGAUUCGGCUGAAGCGCAUCAGCCACAAGAGCGGUUUGCUGGGCCUAGAUCGGCUGGUGCACUUCGCGCUGAACGAGUGGCUCACCGACAUCCGUAGCAACCAGCUGCCGAGCCUGCUGGGCGGCAUCGGACCGCUGCACUCGUUCGUCCAGCUGUUCCAGGGCAUCCGCGACCUGCUCUGGCUUCCGAUCGAGCAGUACCAGAAGGACGGCAGGAUCGUCAAGGGUCUGCAGCGUGGCGCCAACAGCUUCUCCACCUCCACCGCCAUGGCCUUCCUGGAGCUCACCAACCGGCUGGUCGGCUACAUCCAGGGCGCCUCCGAGUUCGCGUACGACAUGAUGUCGCCCGGCCCGUCGGUGCGACAGAAGCGCAAACAGAAGCGGAGCCGGCGGCGCACCUCGAACCUGCCGCAGGACCUGCGUGAGGGUGUUACCAACGCUUACGAGUUGGUCAAGGAGGGCCUGGGCGAGACGGCGCAGACGCUGGCGCGCGUGGCGGCCGAGGAGCACGACCAGAAGGGCGUGUCGGGCGCCGUGGGUGGCGUUCUGCGCCAGAUCCCGCCCACUGUCGUCAAGCCCAUCCUGCUGGUCUCCGAGGCGACCAGCAACGUGCUGGGCGGCAUGCGCAAUCAGCUGGCGCCUGACGCGCGGCGCGAGGCGAUUGACAAGUGGAAGGCGGCCGAGUGAGCAGCACCGCGGCCGACACGGGCGCCGAGUCGGGCGAGAGCUCAGCUGGCGGGGUGGUGCGCCAGUGCGAAGAGCGCGGGCUUGGAGGCAGGCGGAGGACGGACAAGUGAGGGCUGUGUUUACGAGCCGUUCCCGGCGUGAGCUUUACGGACCGGCGAAGAUUGCUAGGUGACGGUUUGGUUCGGCCAGCGAGUGAGGCGGUGACAGUCGUGAGGCUGACGGUCGGGUGUGCGGGUCGUCGCUGGUGUGAGUUUUACAGUGUCUUGGAAGGCCUGCCGACGCGGCAGCGGUGCGGUCGGUCGGCGCCGGGCCGAGAGUGGGGACGCGCGCGCGCGCUGUCUGACGCGGAGCAGCACCGGCGGGUGGGAGCCGCGCGGGGCGAAGGCCGGUGGAGGACAGCCGAGGCGGUCCGGCCGGCGCGCCGCCCAGCGCCAGUCUCGUACCGCACAGACAGGCGCGGGCCCCACCGCAGGCGGCAG